AUGAAGACUAUUUUUCUCUCAUUGGCUCUAAUUGGCUGCUGCGCUGCUUACACACUUUUCCCUCCUUUUCGAGAAGUUUUGGAGGUUCAUAACAGUCUGAGAUCUUCAAUCGCCAAAGGAACGUAUGUUGCCAAGGGGACGAAGCUACCACCUGGUGCUAAUAUCCUAAAGAUGAAAUGGGACCAAAAUCUUGAGGACGAUGCUGUACGUUACGUAAACACGUGUCCAAAAAAUGUUUCUAACACGGAUGGAGUUGGAGAGAAUUUAUACUCGAUCAUGGUCGACGAAUCGCUUAAUACAAUUGCUGCGAUAGAUGAUGCAGUGAAUGCUACCAAGGCUUGGGUGGCAACGUUUCAAGAGAAAGGAUGGAAUUCCAACAUUCUUGACAAAGCCACCUUCUCCACUGGAACGGCACAGGCCAUUCAGAUGACGUGGGCAAAAACUGGAUCCAUGGGCUGUGGAUACCAAUGGUGCGAAAGGGGUCAAUGGAAGAAAGGCUGGUCUCGAUUUGUUAUGAUUUGCAAAUACAACGUCCGUUACGUUUGGAACGAGGAAAUCUACAAGCAAGGAGCCACCUGCUCGGCCUGUCCACCACCAACAAAGUGUGAGGAAGUCUCGGGACUCUGUGUCGGAGUCUGA